GAUUAGAAAGGCAUGAAAAAACAUAAAAAUUACUAGAUUAUUAGUAUAAAUUUUUGUACUUGAUGUUAAUUCUUUAUUCCAAUUUUGUUACAGAGUUAUGAACACUAGAUCCAAAAGAAUUAACUACAAACAAUUAGCAGCAGGAAACCUCACCAGCAUUAAAACCAACCCAAUAUUAUCAACUGCUGUUAAAAUGGUAAGAUUACAGUUAAUCCUUUGUACUUUUACAACUAGGUCAAUUUCUAAUUUAUAUUUAACUUUACAGGACAAAUCAGACGCAGAUGAAAAAGAUGAUGAAGUAAUAAAGAUUAAUUUGGAUAACAUCAAAACAGAGUCGUUUUCAUCUGAAAGUGACGAAAUAGAACCAAGUCAAACGUUGGCAAAAACCAACACUGAAAUGGAUACUGAUUCAGAUGAAUCAAGAAAAUUUUCUAAAGCAGAAAAAAACAAAGGAAAAGCUGAAAAACAGCCCUACAAAACAUCUUCUUUUAAACCAUUCACCAUUCAUAGAGGUUCAGAGAAUGACUCAACAAAACCAUUUAAAGAGUCAACGCUCAAAUUUAUUUCUGAUAUAAAUGAGGCGUCAACAAGCAAAACAGAAUUUGGAAAUAACUUGCCAAAAGACUCAAAAAAAGAGAACAAUAAAAACAAGCAAGCUAAGAAAAUAUCAAAAAAAUCACAGGAAAAACCCAUUAUCAUUUCUUCAGAUUCUGACUCAACAGAAUACAAGAAGGCACCAACUAAAAAGAAAGAAGCUAAAAAGGUUAAACUUUUCAUAUAGU